AUGAACCGGCAGCUAGUGAAAAUUUUGACAACCUUGUUUGCAUUUUUCUUAGAGACAAGCCAUUUCAGGACGUCUUUCUGUAAAGAACAUGAUUCAAGAUCUGGAAAAUCCCCCUCACAGACCCUGUCUCCUUCAGAUUUUUUGGACAAAUUGAUGGGAAGGACAUCGGGGUAUGAUGCUAGAAUCAGACCAAAUUUUAAAGGUCCUCCAGUAAACGUUACUUGCAAUAUUUUUAUCAACAGUUUUGGAUCAGUCACAGAAACCACAAUGGACUACAGAGUGAACAUUUUUUUGAGACAGCAGUGGAAUGACUCACGUCUGGCUUACAGCGAAUAUCCUGAUGAUUCCCUGGAUUUGGAUCCCUCUAUGUUGGAUUCUAUUUGGAAGCCAGAUUUAUUCUUUGCCAAUGAGAAGGGAGCAAAUUUCCAUGAUGUCACAACAGACAACAAGUUGCUGAGGAUUUCUAAAACUGGAAAGGUGUUGUACAGUAUCAGGCUUACUUUAACCUUGUCCUGUCCCAUGGACUUGAAGAAUUUUCCUAUGGAUGUACAGACAUGUACAAUGCAGCUAGAGAGCUUUGGGUACACCAUGAAUGAUCUGAUAUUUGAGUGGCUAAGUGAUGGACCUGUGCAAGUUGCAGAGGGUUUAACAUUGCCACAGUUCAUUUUAAAAGAAGAUAAAGAACUUGGUUAUUGCACAAAACAUUACAACACUGGAAAGUUUACAUGCAUUGAAGUCAAGUUUCAUUUGGAGCGUCAGAUGGGAUACUAUUUAAUCCAGAUGUACAUUCCUAGCCUGCUGAUUGUCAUUUUAUCCUGGGUUUCUUUCUGGAUCAACAUGGAUGCUGCUCCAGCCAGAGUUGCACUGGGUAUCACUACAGUUUUGACAAUGACCACACAAAGCUCAGGAUCGAGAGCUUCCCUCCCAAAAGUCUCCUAUGUAAAAGCUAUUGACAUUUGGAUGGCCGUGUGUCUUCUCUUUGUCUUUGCUGCUUUGCUGGAAUAUGCAGCAGUCAACUUUGUUUCACGGCAGCACAAAGAGUUUCUGAGGCUUCGAAGAAGGCAAAGGAGACAAAACAAGGAAGAUGAAGUUGCUCGUGACAGUCGAUUCAAUUUCAGUGGCUAUGGAAUGGGCCACUGCCUCCAAGUCAAAGAUGGCACAGCAGUCAAGGCUACGCCACCCAACCCGCCUCCAGCACCACCAAAGGAUUCAGAUUCCAUCAAAAAGAAGUUUGUUGACCGUGCAAAAAGGAUUGAUACAAUAUCCCGUGCUGCGUUCCCACUCGCCUUCCUCAUUUUCAACAUAUUUUACUGGAUUACAUACAAAAUCAUACGGCAUGAGGACAUUCACAAGAAAUAG